AUGCGGGAUCUGCAGCUGCCGCUGGUCUGGUGCGUGGGUGCCCUGAUUCUGAUCCUGAUCCUCACUAGCCUGGUCCUUGUCUGUUCCGUGCUGCCAACAUCCCUGCACCGAGUGGCGACCUAUUUUGGUGGACCGUUUGACUGCCUUGUUGCCGAAGCCAGAUGUGGUUGGCACGCCUGGGGCUUCCGGAAGUUGUUGCGCGUGCCCUACAAUGCCUUCUCUGCCUUGCCGGGCUGGGUUCUGGCCUUGAGGUUGGGCUUGUGCUUUGGCGGAAAUGAAAGUGUUCUGGCGUCCAGGUCACACGUGGGUUGUCCCUUGUUUGUGUCAAAGAUCGCGGAAUUGCGUCAGUUAUGGAGUACUUUGGCUCAAAUAUCAAAUUCUGAAAAUCUGAAGGAAGGAUCGAUUCAAUCCCGUCGUUUAUUAGAGAUCGAACCUGUCGCGGUCGAGAUUAAAGCUCAAAACGGGCCACAACCUUGCCUGUCCCAGCAACGUAGAGUGUUUGAAGACAGUUAUCGCCAGCCAAACAAGUUGCAAUCAUCAAAAGCACGCGCGGCAAAUGAUAUCCAGCGUCGUCUCUGCAAUGUCGUGAACAAGGCUAUCCCUUGUUUUGACGAUGCCCAAUGA